UUCUCUCUCCCCUCCCCGUUUCUCUCUCCUCGAGUUAAAUUCCAGCACCCAGCCCAUCGACAUCUCCCUCCCUUUCCCCAAAUCUCUCUCUCUCUCUCUCAUCAAACCCUAAUUAGCUCGAUCCCCCAAUUCAAAGACAGGGAAUGGACUCAGAGGACGACAUGCACGACGCCAACGAUCUCGACUCGAUCGACGACGAUUUCUACAGCGGCGAGACCGGGAUUGGGAGCGAUGACGGAGACGGCGACUACGAUUUCGUUGAUAAUGAUUCCGAUGAUUCGGAGGAUAUUACUUCUCAUCGGCAGCAGCAGAAUUACACCAUACUGAGUGAUGACGAUAUACGGCAACAUCAAGAAGAAGAUAUAAAUAGGGUGUCUACAGUACUUUCCAUAUCGAGGGUUUCAGCAUGCAUCCUUCUUCGUUAUUAUAACUGGAGUGUCAGUAAGGUGCAUGAUGAGUGGUUUGCAGAUGAAGAAAGAGUCCGGCGGGCUGUUGGCUUGUUGGAAAAUCCUGUGGAAAUGCCAAAUUCGAAGGAACUGACAUGUGGAAUUUGUUUUGAAAACUAUCCCCGUGAUAUGAUGAGUGCUGCUGCUUGUGGCCAUCCAUAUUGUGGUGCAUGCUGGAGAGGUUACAUGGGCACAUCAAUCAAUGAUGGUCCAGGAUGCUUAAUGCUUCGAUGUCCUGACCCAUCUUGUGGUGCUGCUGUUGGUGAAGACAUGAUUAAUAAAUUAUCUCCAGAGGAGGAUAAAGAGAAGUAUUCUCGCUACCUUAUCAGGUCUUACAUUGAAGAUAACAGAAAGACAAAGUGGUGUCCUGCUCCUGGCUGUGAGUUUGCUGUGGAGUUUGUUAUGGGCAGUGGAAGUUAUGAUGUUAAUUGCAAUUGUUCAUAUGGCUUUUGCUGGAAUUGUACUGAAGAAGCUCACCGCCCAGUAGACUGUGAGACAGUGGAAAAAUGGAUACUAAAAAAUAGUGCAGAGUCAGAGAACAUGAAUUGGAUAUUGGCUAAUUCAAAGCCUUGCCCGAAAUGCAAGCGGCCAAUUGAGAAGAACCAGGGAUGCAUGCAUAUUACAUGUACACCCCCUUGCAAAUUUGAGUUUUGCUGGUUAUGUCUUGGUGCCUGGUCAGAACAUGGAGAGAGGACUGGCGGUUUCUAUGCUUGUAAUCGCUAUGAAGCAGCAAAGCAGGAGGGGGCAUAUGAUGAAUCUGAAAGGAGGAGGGAAAUGGCCAAGAAUUCUCUGGAGAGGUAUACCCAUUACUAUGAAAGAUGGGCAACCAACCAGUCAUCGAGGCAGAAAGCACUUGCAGAUCUACAUAGCAUGCAAACUGAAAAGCUGGAGAAGUUGAGUGACAAACAGAGUCAGCCUGAAUCUCAGCUCAAGUUCAUAAUUGAAGCCUGGUUGCAGAUAGUGGAGUGUAGGCGAGUAUUGAAGUGGACAUAUGCCUAUGGGUAUUACCUUCCGGAGCAUGAACAUGCUAAAAGACAGUUCUUUGAAUAUUUGCAAGGUGAAGCUGAGUCUGGGUUAGAACGGCUUCAUCAGUGUACAGAGAAGGAACUCCAAGCCUACCUUGAUGCCGAAACUCCCAUGAAAGAUUUCAAUGACUUCCGCACAAAGCUUGCUGGACUAACCAGCGUGACUCGCAACUACUUCGAGAACUUGGUUCGAGCACUAGAGUCAGGACUAAAGGAUGUUGGCUCCAGCAACAAUCAGGCGACAUCCAGCAAGACCACAAGCUCCAAAACCCUCGGCAAAGGAAAGAGCGGAAAAUUGAAGGCAGCUGGGACCAGCUCAAGAUCAGGAACCGGUCCAAGUCGAAGCACAGAGGAUAACAGUAUGUGGUCAUGUGAGCACUGCACCUAUGCAAACCCUAGAUCCACCAGUGUUUGCCAAAUGUGUGAGCAACAUCGAUAAAUGGGGUGAAAACAGGGUAUUUCGUCACAAAUCUCUUGGAAAGGACCUUCCCCCCCUCCAGUCAUUAACUUGAUUCAGGUUCCAUUCUCAUGUUGUAUUAUCAAAAUGAUAAAGUGUAGCUUCUUUGAUGGUGGGAAGAAAGGCAAGUGUUCUUUGUUAAUAGGGAUUAAGUUAGAGAAAAGCGAAAAACUGUGUUAUUAUUGUAUAUAUUUGUAUGUUCAGAUGGCCACGCUUGUAACAUUGUAUUGUUUAAAGCAGAGAUGACUAUAUGUCCUGUUGCAGUGUCUGUGUGGUGUAUUGUCGAUUCAAUCAACUGCGGCCUAAACACUGGCGAGAGAAUGCACAUUUUGAA